GACUUGGGAGGUGGACUUCAGGCUGCAAGUGCCCAAAUUGGCACCCAGAUGGGUAGAUUGAGUCGAGGCACAGCGGCGCUGGGCCAAGGCGUGGCCAACACAGUGGAGAGUUCUGAGCCUCAGCUUAUCAAGGCUUUGGACCAAGUACUGGGAUUGGACCACCCAACAGAUGCCACCAAGAAAGAAGUGCAGAAGUUUGUGAAUCAAAACGCCAAAGCGGCUGCUGGAAACUUUGCCUCUGUUGUGGGCAACUUCUCCAAAGUCCUCAGCCGAG